UCUAGUAUGUCAUCAUGAUGGUUGCAUGUCAAACUACAGCAGUUUCUCUUGUCCUUGCCUGUUGCUUUUACAUUACACUUACAUUGCACUUGGCUGACACUUUUACCCAAAGCGACUUAAAGUUAUUUACAGGGUAUUGGUUACAGUCCCUGGAGCAAUGUGGGGUUAGCUGCCUUGCUCAAGGGCACUUCAGCCACGGUGCAGGGAGAGGUAAGGGUUCGAACCUGCAAUCCUCUGAUCUCAAGACCACUUGGCCACUGCUGCCUGUUGCUUGUAACCUUGCGAUGCAAGGCUCGAACAUCUUUGAUGAUCGGAGUUUCAGUCAAUAUCAAGUCGAAUGUCAUUAUGCCAAUUUGCAAACUGGUUGUUGAAUGGGGAAAAUCCCCUCAAAAGUUGCUCUUCUGAGGGUUGAUAGUGAGGAAUCUAUCGUUUUCUCUAUUGAUUUGUGAGGCAAGUGGCCACACGCAGCAAGAAAGGACAGGAGGAACUAGUUUGACUUCCAGCCGAGUAGUCACCACCACCACCACGUCACCUGGCCUGCCAUGCUUGUGUGUCACCCCUGCUUUGUGUCUCCAUGUAAUCAACUGUGUAGCCUAGACAGCACUGUGUGAUUUAGCACUAUGUUACAAGUAAUGUCAAUGAACUUUGAUGGCAUGCAUGUCUUGUCUACUGCCAUGUGUGAGCCAACGAUGCACUUGAUUUUUGAUCACUCUGCUGCGUGUGUGUGCGUGCGUGCGUGUGCGUGCGCGUGCGCGUGCAUAUACUGUAUGCACGCACGCACAAAAGAGAGAAAUGAGACAGAGCUUGUGUGUGUGUGUGUAGGUUUGAGCGUACAUGUGCGCAUGCGUGCGUACAUGCGUGCGUGUGUGCAUCCCUGUCUGUGUGUGUGUGUGUGUGUGUGUGUGUGUGUGUGUGUGUGUGUGUGUGUGUGUGUGUGUGUGUGUGUGUGUGUGUGUGUGUGUGUGUGUGUGUGUGAUGUAAAGCUUUCUUUGCAUGUUCGCUCUUGCACAUGACACACAUGUCUUGUCUCGCGGUGCAGUCGAACAUACGGCAUACAUCAAAGACCCCUGUGUUCCUCAGCCCAGCCCCUUGAUUCCUAUUCCCCCUCCCCCCCUUCCCAACUCCUCCAUCAUUCCCACACCCCUCAAAUCUCCUUCAUGUCCAUGCCUACCUCCUCCCAACAACCCCCACCAUCCUUCCCCGCCACCCCCAACUCCCUCAUGCUUACGACAACACCCCAACACAUAGACACGCACAAACACACACACCCCUCCCCUCCUCUCCUCCUAACUAACAUGCAUCUUCUUUCAUGUGCGUCUGUCCGUUCCGUCUCUGUUCUGUCCCCCUCCGUUUCCUGUCUGUUCUGCAGGAAUCCUCCUUUGAUACCAGCAAGCCCAACAGCCCUUCAUCCACCGAGGAGGAGGUGGCCUCCGCCUCCCUCAGUGGCGUGGCCAGCAAGCCCAGCAACCACAACCCCAAGUACCAGCUGUACGUGAGCGGGGACCCCCUGGGGAACGGCACCACCUCCACCUCCCCCAGGAACGGGGACCUCAGCAGCGGCCUGGGUGGCCUGGGGGGGCUGGGGGGACUGGGGGGCCUCACUGGCAGCGGUGGCGGUGGCGGUGGCAGUGAGAUCGUGCCCAGGCUGGGCCGCUGGGACAGCAGCAGGCUGUCGACCAACUACCGUGGCUCCAUGGAGUCCCUGGCCUCGCGGGACUGGGACACCAUGUCGGACCGGGUGGGUGGUUUCGAGAGCCCUCCCCCUCGAGUCUUCAACAGUCCCUACUCAGUGGAUUUCAAUCCCAUCCACAGGAUGUCUGAGUAUAAGGUACAGGACAGGCUGUCCCCUGUCACCACCGACUACAACAUCUUCGGUCUGAACGGUCGCAGCACGAGCCCUGUGACGUACAACACCUUGCCUGCCCCCAGGGCGCGCUACACUCCAGCCUUCGAUACCAUCUCCAGGAGACGCGAGAGAGAGACUCCCACUAACAAUGUGCCUCUGCGCCUGGGCAUGCCCAACAAACGAGACUACAUCGAGGAACUGACAAAACAGCUGGACGAGAUCCAGAGGAGGAACCAGUUCCUGGAGGCGGAGAGCAUCGAGAUGGAGAAGGAGCGUAACCAGAUCCGCUUCGAGAUGCGCGGCCUGCUGGUGAAGAACGAGGACCUGGUGGUCAACAACGCCCAGCUGCAGGCCGAGAUGAAGAAGAUGAGGGAGAGGGCCGUGGAGCUGGAGUCCGACCACAACGUCAUGGCCGAGCGCUUCCGACAGAUGGAGGGUGAACUGAGGGAAGCCAGGGAGGUGAUGGUGGAGGCCAACACUCAGGAGUACGCCUUCAACUUCCUGCAGCAGUCCCUCAAGAACAAGAUCCAGGAUGCGGAGGAAGCGCUGGAGAAGCAGACGCAGCAUGCCCAGUCGGUGUCGGAGAAGCUGUGGCUGGCCGAGAGGAGGCUGGAGGAGCUGGAGGUGGACCAGGAGAGCACCGGCAAGAAGAACUCGGCACUCAACAGCUCCGUGCAGCGACUCGAGGCUGAGCUGGCGGAGGCACUGCAGAGCUCCACGCAGUCCAGUGCGGAGUUGAGCCUGCAGCAGAAGCUGAGAGCGGAGGCCCAGCUGAGGGUGGAGGAGCUGGAGGAGAGCCUCCUGGAGAAGAACCAGGAGAUGCUGAGGCUACAGCAGAUCGUCAGCAGACUGCAGGGAGAGGUGUCCGGUAAGCUGAUUGAUAAGGAGCAGACGCUGGAGGAGGAGAUCCAGCUUCGGGAGCGUAUCCAGCUGCAGUGCAAGCAGGCCGAGAGGCACCUGGAGGACGUGCAGAUGGAGCUGCACACUGCCAAGCAGGCCAAAGAGGACCUGGCUAAACAACUUAAAGGAACACAGGAGCGCCUCAUUGACCUGGAGAGCGACCUGGAGGAGAUGCACGACAGCGAGCAGAGAUGGGCAGCCAAGCACAAGAGGGCCCUAGAACAGACUGAGCAGCUUCAGCUGAAACUGAUCCAGGAGAAAGACCAGACCGACCAGCUGGACUGUGAGAAGACCAUUCUGGAGAGACAGGUGAAAAGUUUGCGUUCAGAGCUGGAUGAGCUGCAGAACUCCAAGGUGCAGGAUGAUGUCAUCAGCAGAGUAGAGGGCAGAGUCAAGGAUCUGGAGAACACCCUCAGAGCAGAGGAGAGGAGCAAGUCGGUGAUGGCCAACACCAUAAACAAGCAGGAGAGGAGGAUCAACGAGCUGACAGACCAGCUGGAGGAGGAGAGCAGGAUCGCCACCGAGCAGAGAGACCUGAUGACGCAGCGUAUGCGCACACUGAAGCGCCAGCUGAACGAGGUGGAGGAGGAGGCGAGCCGGCGGGAGGUGCAACAGAGGAGCGUCCAGAGAGAACUGGCAGAGGAGAGGGAGACCAGCCAGAGGCUCCAGAGACAGCUGCUGGACCAGCACCUACAGCUCAAGAGAAAGGAGUCUCUGAUGAUGAAGCAGACUCUGGGUAGUUUAAAACUGGACCUGAGUGUGGAUGAUGAGGAUGAGGAUGAGGCUCCUGCAAGCACAGCCAACUAAAGUAAAGAGGAAAAGAAGACAGAGGAACAGCGUGAAGCACGCCAUGACAGAAUCGUGCUCACAAUGGGGACCAUUCGUGCCUAACACACAAAACAACAGCAACAUGAUACGUCCUUGGGACACUCUAUGCCCGAGGACCUGACAUCUUCGAUGGAAAAUAUUUAUAUUUCUUUUAUAAUUGUUUGGUUUACAAGGUAUCAAGCGUCCUUUGACACAUGAAACAAUACAAGUGGUACAUAUUAUUUCUGUUGUUGGUUUCAGUUAAAAUAAGAAAUGUUCAGCAGCUGUGCUUCGUAUAAAUGUCAAAGUAGCAACGUUUUUAUGAAAGCAGCAACAUUUUUAUAAGGAAUUAAACAUGAAAAACAAUAUUUUAUGAUGAACAAAUCACCAGCCUGAAUUACAGAACUUUCAUGAAGGACAGAACCUGAAAUUAGCACACCAAUAUUUUUUCAGUUGUUAACUUUAGCUUUAUACUUAAUACAUGAAACUACGUAAUAGAAAUAAUCAAAACAAAACAAAACAAAAACUCACUUCCAAUAUGUUUUUCUCAAGUCUUUGAAUAUGUUGACCAUAUUUUUGUUGAGGAUAUUCUUUUAUUGAAUGCUCCUGCCUUUCUGUGUUGGCCUAGCUAUGAUGUUGAGCGUAACAAUAUUAAGGCAACACUACUUACUGUAUUUGAAUUCUACGUAUUCACCGACAUAUGAAUGCUGGGGUUUGUGGUGCCGAUCCUUAAUUGUAAUGAGGGAUGUCUUCCAGACAAGAGUGCAUGCUAUAAUGUUGGAUGGAUGGAUGAUUUUUAACGUUUCUAACUGUUUUACCAAAGUUUGUCAUUUUAUGUAUAUACUGUUAUGAGGGUUAUAUAUGUUGUUGUCUGUGUAAAAAUGCAAGUGUUUGAAUGUGAAAGGAAUAGUGAAUACUUAGAGAAAUAUGUUAUAUUGGUUUACACCACAGUAGACUCUUAGAAUACUCAUCUUCGGUAUACUAACGCUUGUAUGUCAUUAUUAUUUGUAUUACACCUGUAGUCUCAGAAAUUGUGUAUAUUUUUGCAGAGGGCAAAGUCCAUGGCAGGUGUUGCAGUGCCAAAGUUCGCCACAGGGAGCGCCAUUUUUCCUUGCUACUGUUCUUCAAAUACAACUCAAGUAUUUAUUCUCCUCUGUGAAUUCAAUAAGCUUCAGACUUAAUGUAUUGUUGAAUAAACUUUGAUAAAUAUAUA